AUGGCUGCAUCAACAUAUUUCAAGGAAGCAUAUGAGGCCCCUCUCCAGGAGAGUCUUACCGAACCGUGGCCGAUAGAGGAGGGGUGCACUCUACGGGACUCUGACAGGGCUCAGCUCAGUCGGGGGUGGACGGAGCAGGAGGUAAAGGCGGCGCUCAAAGGUCUCCCAUCAGGAAAGGCUCCUGGACAGGAUGGGUUGCCGAAGGAGUUUUUCGAGCGUAACUGGGACCUGCUGGGGCCGGCGGUGCUGAAGGAGAUACGAGCGUUUGAGCUGUCGGCGGAACUCUCGGAAACUUUCACUACUGCAGUCACAAUUCUCCUGCACAAAAAAGGUGACAAGGAGUCAAUAGGCAACUACCGCCCGAUUACUCUGCUGAGUUUUUUCUACAAGCUGCUCGCGAAGGUGUUGGCAAAUAGGAUUAAAGUGGCCUUACCGCGGGUGAUCUCCCCGAACCAGUUCGGCUUCCUCCCCGGCAGAAGCUUGAAGGAAGCAGUAUCACUGGUAGCAGACGUGAUUGACGCAGCGGCGGAAGGAGAUGAGGACUGGCUACUUCUUCUCGUGGACUUUCAAAAAACGUACGACUCGGUGUCUCAAGAGUACCUGUUCAAGACACUGAGGGACAUGGGUUUCCCCGACAAAUUUAUAAAGUGGGUGAAGGGUCUUCAUGAUGGUGCUGCCACGAGGCUCCUACUCAACGGCUGGUUGGGGGAUCGAGUGGAGAUGCUCAAGGGAGUGCGGCAGGGGUGCCCGCUCGCACCGUACUUGUUUCUUUGCGCCGUCGAGCCACUCUGCCAGGAGGUGGAGAGGAGAGGGCUUGGAGUAAGGAAAAGAGGAGUGGCUGGGGAGUUGGCGCAUGUCGGUUAUGCUGACGAUACUACACUGGUGCUGAAAGGAAAGGAGCAGGUGGUCAAGGCGAAGUCCCUGCUAGACGACUUUGCUGCGAUCUCGGGGUUAAUGAUAAACAGAGAGAAAACGAUACUGAUGCCGCUGGGGAUUAACAGGAGACGAGUGCAGCCGGACGACUCACCUUUCAAUUGGGCGACAAAAGACGUACCAGAGCGGCUGCUCGGAGUGUGGAUUACGUCUGGGGGGUCGCCGGUGCUGGCUUGGGAUAAAGCUUUCGAGAAGGUGAGCGCGGUGUUGAGCUGCUGGGCAUCGAAACACCUGAAGACUUCGGCGAGAGUCACCAUCAUAAAAUGCUACGCGAUGCCGAUUCUUCUUUUCCAAGCGCAGAUUUACGCUCCACUGCACGACAUAUGGAAGAAGGUGCAGCGGCUGAUCCACAGCUUCAUCACAGACGGCAAGUCACUAUUUGACAGGCACUUUUUCUUGUGGAGCUAUGAGCUGUCAUGCAGGGAGCGGAAGGAGGGGGGGUUAGGGGUUAUCGACCCAAAGCACAGGAUCAACGGCAUGGUUAUUCAAAACCUUGGAAAGGCAGUAGCGGAGCAGGAUCCAAUGAGAAAUUGGUUGUGGGAGAAGGCGGCGGGAUUCCCUCUCGGUCUGGCGACGAUUUACGCACACCCGGCGGUGAUGAAACACCGGAGGAAGGGCGGGGUCAGGUGGAAGGCGACUCUCAGGGCCUUGUGGGACUCCAAGAUUGUCACGGUGGGGGAGCCUGAGAACAGAUGGGACGCGGAAGGCGAGAAGCUGCUCUUCAACCGGAAUUUUUUUUUCAGUGGCAAGUCGCCUUUCGGAGGACAGAAAGGAUCACUCUGCCUGGAGAACGUCAAACUAGGCGACCUGGUUAAAAAAGGAGGUGAUGGUAGUAGGAGUUUAAAGGAUGAGGCUACUUUGGAAAGAGAGUUGGGCGGAGAGGACCAACGGAAAUGGGCAGUCAAGGCUUGGGAAGCAACACCACAGGAAUGGAGGGACAUGGUGCUGAAAACCCUAACGGCGGAGGAGGUUUUUAUGGCCGCCAGGCUGGUGCAGACGGCAUCUUACCGGCCGGGCAAAUUUUUCUACUACAGACUAGAAUAUGCAAGAGAUGGGGUACUAUACGGUACGAGAGUUUCGGUUGACAAGAAGAAACACAUAAGCCAGAUCGAGUACGCCAGCAUGACGGACAUCAAUUUCCUGCGGGCUACCCCUAUGGUGGUGAUGGAGGGGAAGGUACGGGGUGCUCUUGGUGCUCCAAGGAUGCGGCUGCUACGCUCACAAAUAUGUGGCAAAGGAGAGCGUGCCGAGCUGAAACAACUGCGGAAGGCGAUGAAACCCCCGGUGUCCCAGCCGAAGCAACACCUGCAGUGGGAGGAACUGCUGGGGAAGAAGGUGGACUGGAAAAGGGCUAUCCGAUGGAGUCGCAGAAUCACUGCCUUUUCAGCUGCCCGUCAAUACAACCUGUGGUCGGAAUGA